GUAUCAGGGGCCACCAGGGGCCCUCCUACUGUAGCUUUAAACAGGCGGACUGCGCCUUUUAGGUGACGGGGGACUGUAACAUGAGUCGGGAUGAAAACUGUGCGCUGGGUCCGGCUGCCAGUGCAGAUGCUGUUCGCCAAAGAGAGAGAAGGGGUGCAUGAUGGAUCCUGUCCCGCUGCUGCUCAUCAUAGUCACAUUUUUGCCGUUUUGCUCGGCAGUCUACACCGGGCCCCUCCAACCGGAGAUCUCCAAUGGCACUUUCCAUCACUUCUUUGUCCCGGACGGGGAUUACGAGGAGACUGAAGACCCCGAGGACUGCCAGAUGCUGUUUAAAUUCUCGGAUGUGUAUCCAUGUGGCGCCUCUGAAGAGAGGGACUCCGUGGUGAGGGACGACUUCAUCAUCACCACGCUGCAGGCGGAGGACGCGGCGCGACUGUUGGAGGGCAUCGGCCGGACUGUGGCGCACGACCUGGACGGAGAGGACAGCUACGGAAAGUUCCUCCAGCGGGAAGUCUCUCAGAUCGGAGAAGCGUUUUCUAACGUGGACAAGUCUCUAAUGGAGCUGGAGGUGAAGUUUAAACAAAGUCAAGAAACUGAGCUGAGAGAGGAGCAACAGCUGAACGGCUAUGUAAUGAAGCAAGUGAGUGACAUCCGGGGAACUCUGAGGGAAACUACAGACAUCUCUCUGGGACUGAAAGAUAAACACGAGCUGCUGUCUCUCAUCAUUCGCAGUCAUGGUACCAGACUGAACCGCCUAAAGACAGAGUAUCUUAAUGUUGGCUCAUAGUGUGGUUAUUGAAGGCUGUGUGUGUGUGUGUGUGUGUGUGUGUGUGUGUGUGUGUGUGUGUGUGUGUGUGUGUGUGUGUGUGUGUGUGUGUGUGUGUGUGUGUGUGUGUGUGUGUGUGAGACCCUCCAGUUCAACAAACAACUGGAAAGUUGUGGCUUAUGAAUUAAUAUCUCUGACGCUUGGCUAUCCCCAUUCUUUGGACUUGUCAUUUAAAGGAGCUUUAACACAAACAUCAAGACAUUCCAAAGGAAAUGUGAACAUAAAUUAUGUCUGCAUGGAGUCCUCUGUGCCACCAGAGUAUGAAAAUAAAAGCCCUCCAAGUAGAUUUAUCAGCCUCUGAAUCAAUAUUAUACCUAUAAAUUUUUGUCUGUAUGGUUUAAAUUAUGUUGUUUAGACAUUUGUAAUAACUGAUCAAAUAAAUGCUUUUUAUUCAUCUCAUAUCUUAAUAUCCCCUUUUACUUUUAAGCAAGACAUUAUGUUUCAGUGUCUUUAACAAUUACGAAUUUUGAUGUCAAAAGUAUUUCAUGUUGCAUCAUAUUCAUAAGUUUUCUCCUGCAUAUACAGUACACAAACUGACAUACGGUGAUGUAUUUAAUGAUGGUCUUUAAAUUACCAUGUUUGUUGUUGGCACUACAAGUGCCAGUCUUGGCUGUCCUGUCAAAGUGGCCCUGGUUAAUUGGCGUUUAUGGUCUGUCUUUGCCUCCCACUUCCAUCUGGAAGUCAUCUACUCGAAUAUGAAGCAUGUUUGUCGGAAAGCAGCCACUGUCUUCAUCAUCUGCUCUUUUGUCUGUUAUGAUCUGUAAAAUGUGUGGUUUAUAUGAAAUGUCAUUUUGUUGAAAAUCUGACUGGUUUUGGAUGAUGUCAUUUUGACUAAAAAUAGACUCAAAAAUGACAUAAAGCUUGUUUAAAUCUCUAAAGAAAUAGUCUCUCUUGCUCUUCUGCUGUGUUGACAUACAAUAUCUUAUUUCAGACAUGCUGUUUAUGGGGAGGAAAGUUGUUUUGAAUUCUUGAGAGGCAUUAACUCUAGCUCCUCCACAAUUCGCUGUGCUUUUAAUUUAAUAUUUUGAAUGCCUUUGGUAGACAUCUGUGUAUUUUCUCUCUUUAACUACUGUUUAAAACUCUCUUGUUCCAGCCAGUCUGCAACAACCACAAAGUAACUGCCAUAAGCGUGCCCACUUUUUUACAGAGAUCAUGUCUGUGCAGAUGUGAGGAAGCCAGAUGGGCUGCCAUGGGCGCAACUGGGUGUGAUUUCCUCUGUCUGGUUUUCCU